AUGGCUGGAUCUCUCGUCUGCAACGAGUGCGGAAAGAAGUUCCGUUCUACAGCCGAAGCCGAGUUCCACGCCAACAAGUUGGGUCACAAUUUAAGCGCCCCGGUCACCGUCGCCGUCGCCUCGUCAAGGUGGAUGCUAACAACGAAGUCAACCGAUCAGUCCAAGUCGAGAACUGGGACUUGGAGAACGAGACGAUCUGGUCUCGACGUGGAUUUUCGAGACAUCUGGGAGAGACUGCGCUCCAUAUUCCCGUCCCUCUCCUCAGACGUUCCAGAUCAAUACGGUGGUCGUAUUGUAGGAACACAUCCUCCUAGGAUCCAUCCGGGGCAUCGGCAAGAUCUACGCCUGCAACAUCAACCCACCCCUGAUCUCAGUACUCGCUCCCGGCUCCGCGACAAUUUCAUACCUCCUGGAUUCCUCGCAUUCGACCGGCUGUACUACAACCUCACCCUCUAUAUUCACAGCGCUUCCGACUUCCGUUACUUGCGAACCGCGUUUGAAUCGGUUCCACAGCUUGUACACGAUACAGCACGAGAGCGUUGGACCUCCCUCUACCGCAUCUACUACAAGGACGGCCCAUACCUUGUAAAACUUGGCCGAGAAGAGCUCUGA